UCAGAGGUCGCUUCCCCUGCCGGCUUUCAUUCGCUCGUUUCUCCGCCGCAGGUCUCUCUUUCUGAACCGAACAGCCAUGGCGGAGCAGCAGCAGUUCUACCUCUUGCUGAGCAACCUGAUGAGCCCUGACAACACCGUCAGGAAGCAGUCGGAGGAAACAUACGAGAGCAUCCCUGGACAGACGAAGAUCACAUUUUUACUGCAGGCCAUCCGUGAUGCAUCUGCUUCUGAGGAGGUUAAGCAGAUGGCAGCCGUGUUGUUGCGGCGGCUUCUGUCGUCAUCUUUCGAGGAGGUCUAUCCCAGCAUGACCCUCGAGAUACAGACCGCUGUCAAGACAGAACUGCUCGCUGGAAUCCAGUCUGAAACUUCCUCAAACAUCCGCAAGAAGAUCUCUGACAUCGCUGCCGAGCUCUCUCGCAAUCUCAUCGAUGAUGACGGGAACAAUCAGUGGCCGGAGAUCCUGAAGUUUCUCUUCGAUUCGGUGAACUCGCAGGACGUCUGCCUCCGAGAAGCAGCGCUGCAUAUUUUCUGGAAUUUUCCAGGCAUCUUUGGCAACCAGCAGCAGCAUUACCUGGAGGUCAUCAAACGCAUGUUAGUGCAGUGCAUGCAAGAUCAGGAAAACCCACAGAUUCGAUCUCUGUCUGCACGCGCAGCGGCGUCCUUCAUUCUGUCCAAUGAGGGUAACACAGCCCUGUUAAAACACUUCUCAGAUCUUCUGCCCGGCAUCCUGCAGGCGGUCAAUGAAAGCUGUUACACCGGUGAUGACUCUGUGCUGAAAUCAUUGGUGGAGAUAGCAGACACCGCCCCAAAAUACCUGAGACCCAAUCUGGAGGCCACGCUUCAGCUCAGCCUAAAGUUGUGUGCAGAUACGACCCUGUCAAACAUGCAGAGGCAGCUGGCUCUGGAGGUCAUCGUGACGCUGUCAGAGACGGCUGCGGCCAUGCUGAGAAAACACACCAACAUCAUCGCUCAGAGCGUGCCGCAGAUGUUGAGUAUGAUGGUGGAUCUGGAGGAGGAUGAAGACUGGGCUCUGGCUGAUGAACUGGAGGACGAUGACUUUGACAGUAACUCGGUGGCGGGUGAGAGCGCACUGGACAGAAUCGCUUGUGGUCUCGGUGGAAAAAUUGUGCUGCCAAUGAUCAAACAACACAUCAUGCAGAUGUUACAGAAUCCGGAUUGGAAGUACAGGCACGCGGGUCUGAUGGCUCUAUCUGCUAUCGGCGAAGGCUGUCAUCAGCAGAUGGAGGCUAUUCUCAGCGAGAUCGUGAGCUUCGUGCUGCUCUUCUGUCAGGAUCCUCACCCGCGAGUUCGUUACGCCGCCUGUAACGCUAUUGGACAGAUGGCCACAGACUUCGCAGCCACCUUCCAGAAGAAAUUUCACGAUAAGGUGAUCUCAGCGCUCUUGCAGACUAUGGAGGAUCAGACGAACCCUCGGGUUCAGGCCCACGCUGCUGCCGCUCUCAUUAACUUCACAGAGGACUGUCCCAAAACGCUGCUCAUCCCAUAUCUGGACAACCUGGUCCAACAUCUGCACGUCAUCAUGGUGGCCAAACUCCAGGAGCUGAUACAGAAAGGUACUAAACUGGUGCUGGAGCAGGUGGUGACGUCCAUCGCCUCAGUGGCCGACACUGCAGAGGAGAAGUUUGUCCCGUACUAUGACCUCUUCAUGCCCUCCCUCAAACACAUCGUCGAGAACGCAGUUCAAAAAGAGCUCCGCCUACUCAGAGGAAAAACCAUCGAAUGCAUCAGUCUGAUUGGUCUGGCUGUGGGAAAAGAGAAAUUCAUGCCCGACGCUUCAGUUGUAAUGCAGUUGCUUCUGAAGACACAGACAGAUUUCAAUGAUCUGGAGGACGAUGAUCCACAGAUCUCAUACAUGAUCUCAGCCUGGGCUCGCAUGUGUAAGAUUCUUGGGAAGGAGUUUCAGCAGUACCUUCCUGUGGUGAUGGGACCCCUGAUGAAGACCGCCUCCAUCAAACCUGAAGUGGCUCUUCUGGACACUCAGGACAUGGAGAACAUGUCUGAAGAUGAUGGUUGGGAGUUUGUGAAUCUCGGAGAUCAGCAGAGUUUUGGCAUCAAAACUGCUGGACUGGAGGAGAAAGCCACCGCAUGCCAGAUGCUGGUGUGUUACGCUAAAGAGCUGAAGGAAGGUUUUGUCGAGUACACUGAGCAAGUUGUCAAGCUGAUGGUUCCUCUGCUGAAGUUCUAUUUCCACGAUGGUGUGCGUGUGGCGGCUGCGGAGUCCAUGCCUCUUCUGUUGGAGUGUGCGCGUGUCAGAGGUCCGGAGUAUCUCACGCAGAUGUGGCACUUCAUGUGUGACGCGCUCAUCAAAGCCAUCGGGACUGAACCAGACUCUGAUGUGCUGUCAGAAAUCAUGCAUUCGUUUGCCAAGUGUAUCGAGCUGAUGGGAGACGGCUGUCUGAACAACGAACAUUUUGAAGAACUUGGUGGCAUUUUAAAAGCUAAACUGGAGGAGCACUUUAAAAACCAGGAGCUCAGACAGGCCAAACGUCAAGAUGAAGAUUACGACGAGGAGGUGGAGGAAACGUUACAGGAUGAAGAUGAAAAUGAUGUCUACAUCUUGACCAAAGUGUCCGACAUCUUGCACUCGAUCUUCAGCAGCUAUAGAGAGAACAUUCUUCCGUGGUUUGAGCAGCUGAUGCAGCUCAUCGUUAAUCUGAUCUGUCCGCACAGACCUUGGGCAGACCGACAGUGGGGUUUGUGCAUUUUUGAUGAUGUCGUGGAGCACUGCAGCCCCUCUUCCUUUAAAUUCGCCGAGUACUUCCUGCGGCCCAUGAUGCAGUCCCUGUGUGACACCAGCCCAGAGGUCAGACAAGCAGCUGCGUAUGGUGUCGGUGUCAUGGCUCAGUUUGGUGGAGAGAACUACCGGCCUGCUUUUACAGAGGCCGUCCCUCUUCUGGUGGGUGUGAUCCAAGCAGCAGACUCCAGGGCUAAAGAAAACGUCAAUGCUACAGAGAACUGCAUCUCAGCUGUGGGUAAAGUCAUGAAGUACCGGCCGGAGUGUGUGAACGUCAGUGAGGUGCUUCCCCAUUGGCUGUCCUGGCUGCCACUCAACGAGGAUAAAGAGGAGGCGGUCCAUACGUUUAACUAUCUCUGUGACCUCAUCGAAAGCAACAAUCCCAUAGUUCUCGGACCAGACAAUGCCAACCUUCCCAAGAUUUUCACCAUCAUUGCUGAUGGCGUCGCCAACGAGUCGAUUAAAAGUGAAGACGACUGCAGCAAACGAUUGGCCAAUGUUAUCCUUCAAGUACAAGUAUCUGGAGGAUUGUGGACGCAGUGUGUAUCAGCUCUCAAUGAAGGCCAACAGAAGGCCAUCCAGGACCUUCUGAACACGGCUUGAGUCCACGUGUGACGCCUUAACUCUGUAGAACAGCCCAUCUACUGCGGAUUUAAAAACUUGACAUCUGGAAUUCCACAUCUAGAUUUUGGCCCUUUCCCCGUUUCUGAGCGAAGAACUGUCAUGUGACUCAGUUUGUGUCUGGCCUCUUUACAACAUCAUCAAAUCUGCUCCACCCACCCGACGUCGGGGGCGAGGAUCCGGCGUGUGUAUCUGUGUGUCUCACCUCAAAAAGAGCCGCUCGAUGACUUUCAUAAAAAAAUCCUCACGUUGAAUGAAUGUGGGAGUGUAGGAAAUGAAAUGAACAGUCCUCCAUUUUAGAUCUAAGACAUUCUGGUGUAGAAAUUGUGCUUACGAGGUUUGUUGAUCUCAAUCGGUUUUGUCAGUUUAAUGUCUCAGUCCUAGUGAGUGAUUUAGGAAUCUGUCCAAUCAGUCGUCGGGCCUUUCGUCCAGUUCAGGAGAUGGAUCAGACUGAUGGACUGGAAUAGAGCGUCAAGCAGGCGGUCACAUCAAUGUUUUUCUCUUUCCAGGUUAGGUUUGUUUUUGUUUAGCACUGCUCUCAGUAGCCGGGUAUGAUGUUUAGGAAUGAAGGCCGUACGUUUGCUGCUGAUAUCUGUGAUCGGUCACUGGCUCAAUGAAGUGAAAUAAAUGUAGGAAAACUGUGACUCGGAUAUCAAGGAUUUUUGGGCGUCUUAAGCCAUUUGGUUUAUGUCAUCACGUGUUUGUAUGAUAUGAAAUCUGUCCCAGGUAAAUCAUUUGACAAAACUUUCAGUAUUAAAACUGCAAAACAUGGUCGACAGUUUAACAAUGUUGCAUUAAACUGCAUAUGCUGAGAAACUA